AAAUAGACUCAUUCCGAAAAAACGAGUGAGAAAACUGACCCAGUCUCCCGUGACUCACCUAAUUUGACCGCCGGCUUCUCAAAAAUUCCCGCGAAGUUAGACCUUUUUUAUUCUUUCAUUUUUAUAUUCAUUGAAAAACCCACAGACAGAAACAAAAAAAAAAAAAAAAGAAAAACAAAACAAUCUCUCCUCCACCAACUCUUUGCUGUAUUCUUGUUUUUCUUCUUCUCUUUUUGUUUCUUGUUGAAUCAGAAGAAAGAUGCGUGAGAUGGGAGAAGAUCAUGAAGGAGGCAUAGCAAGAAGGUUGUGGUUAAAAUGGCAAAGAGAAGGGUUAUAUGCACAGUACAGUCCUUUCUUUGUCAGUUUGGCUUCUGGUAAUUUGGACUCUCACUCUUUUCUUCUUUCUGUCUCUCAAGAUCUUCACUUCUUCCAUUCCUUUUCUCACGCAUAUGAAUUGGCAGAAGAUUGUGCAGAUGAUGAUGAAGACAAGAGUUUAAUUCGCAAGUUAAGAAAACGGGUUAAAGCCAACCUUAAAAACUACCAUAGUAUUGUCCGUGAAUGGGGAUUUGAACUCCCAGCAGAGAAUACUCCCAUCAUUGCCACUAUCAAAUAUACAGAAUUUUUGCUGGCAACGGCAUCUGGUAAAGUUGAGGCAGAAAAAGAUCCUGGUAAAAUUGCAACUCCUUUUGAGAGGAUUAAACUUGCUGCUUACACGCUUGGUGCUAUGGCACCUUGCAUGAGACUUCAUGCCUCUAUAUGUAAAGAGAUACAUUGCCUUCUUGAUCCUGAUGAUAGCAGUCAUAUUUACAGGAAGUGGGUUGAUAAUUAUUGCUCUAAGAGCUUUGAGGAAUCAGCUCUGCAAAUAGAAGAAGUUCUGGAUAGACUAAGCAUUUCUUUGACAAGUGAAGAACUUGAAGUCUUAGAAAAGCUGUAUCUUCAAGCUAUGAAACUUAAAGUAGAUUUUCACUGUACUCAACCAAUUGUUCAACAAACAAUAGUGCCUUUAUCUCGGGUACAAAGCCCUGUGGAUUCCUACAUCACUAUAUUUUGUGAUUUUGACAUGACAUGCACUGCUGUUGAUUCCUCCGCCAUUUUAGCUGAGAUUGCAUUACUAACAGCAGCAAAGGUUGAUCUGACUGGAUCCAAAACCAAACUCACUCGGAUGUCAUCAGCUGAUCUGAGGAGCACUUGGGGUGUUCUGUCAGCACAGUAUGUGGAAGAACAUGAUCGAUGCAUAGAAAGCAUAAUGCCUAGUGAAGCAGUGGAGAAAUUUAAUUAUGGAGGUCUGUGUGAAGCUCUUGAACAACUCACGGAGUUUGAGAAAAGGGCAAACUCGAGAGUGAUACAGUCAGAAGUGUUGAAGGGCUUAAGCCUAGAGGAUAUAAAAAGGGCUGGUCAACAAAUUGUUUUUCAGGAAGGUUGUAAAGGAUUUUUCCAAAAAAUUAUCAGAGAUGAAAAUCUAAAAACUGAUGUUCAUGUCCUUUCAUACUGUUGGUGUGGUGAUCUCAUUAGAUCAGCCUUCUCAUCAGGGGAUCUAAAUGUUCUGCAAGUACAUUCAAAUGAGUUGGUUUACGAAGAAAACAUUUCAACAGGUGAAAUUAUUAGGAUGGUAGAGUGUCCAAUGGAAAAGCUUCAAGCUUUCAAUGACAUGUUAAAGGAACAGAACCUUGAUGUCCAGCAGUUGACAAUCUAUAUUGGAGGUUCGGUUGGAGACUUACUUUGUCUGCUCAAAGCAGAUAUAGGUAUUGUAAUUGGUUCAAGCCCAAGCUUAAAAAGACUGGGCGAUCACUUUGGCAUCUCAUUUGUUCCAUUAUUUUCUGGUGUGUUGAAGAGGCAGAAGGAACUUGGUGAAGGUGUGUCUCCAAACUGGAAGGCACCGCCAGGCGUUCUAUAUACAGUCUCUAGUUGGGCUGAGAUACAUGCAUUCAUUCUGGGGUUAUAAGUUAUUCUCUCCUUUUUUCUUUUUUUCUUUUUUUCUUUUUUUCUUUUUUCAAUCAAAGAAUAAACAAAAAGGCAAAUGCAUAUAAAUUAGAACAUAGAGUAUGUGGUGGCUAACUUUUUUACUUUAGCGCCACAGGCUAGCCCUUAUUCUUUUUCACUUUAGGGACUGCCAUCCGGAAAUACAGAUGCAUUUUAGUUAGCUACACAAGUUUCAGGUAUACUUCCGAGAGCCCUCUCUUUCACCGCUCGUGUGCACUUGCAAUUUUCUUUUGAAGCUUCUUCUUGCUGUUGAGGUUCAAAAUAUCAAAGUUGUUCAAGUAGGGAGAUGUUACCAGUAACAUUUCUUGAUGCGGAAGAGAAAGAGGUGAAAUUUCAUUAUUGGUUUGUAAUUGUAUAGUUUGGUUUGAUGCCAGCAAAUGGUUCUAUUUAUUUGAUUAUUUUCCCCGCCGUUUCUCAAUUUGAUUUGGAAAGACACACCUACAGGAUAUAUGGAACGCUAUUAGUUUCUUUGUUGAUGGAAUGCAAUUUAUAAAUGUAUUUUAAUGCUCUUA